UGCCAUUGGUUUAUAAUUAUGUACUUCAAUCUGUCAUGAAGUGAAAUGAUAAAUUACAGUAGUAUAACCGUGAGCACAACAAAUAUUAUUCGUGUACUGCAUGUGUUAUAUGAAUCAAAAUCAAUGAAAAACCUAAAUUUCGAUCAACAGUUUUGUUGAAUUUAAACGCAUAUUAAUAAUAAAUAAUUUAUUAAUAUUUUUUUCUGAUAAAACAGUUACAAUGAAUGCUGUAUCUGAUGAAAUUAGAUUUGCACAGAGCCUUGGCUCAAACCAAGUAAAAGUUCGAGAAAAAGCUGUAAAAAGUUUGGGAAAAUACUUUAAACGAGUUUCAACAUCUAAGGAUUCUAUGUCCGAAGAGAACAUGAUGAAACUUUGGAAAGGAAUAUUCUAUUAUUUUUGGAAUUGUGAUAAACCCCUAUUUCAGGAAGAGAGAGCUGAUAUAUUGUCAAAAUAUAUCCAUGUGUUUCAAUCGGAAGAUUGUGCAUUUUUGUAUCUUGACACAUUUCUGCAAACCAUGGCAAGAGAAUGGUUCACCAUUGAUCGUUAUCGUCUUGAAAAAUUCAUGAUGUUAGUACGUAAGUUUUUGAGUGAAUCAUUUGUAUUUCUGAAAAAUAAGAAAUGGGACGUUGAACUAAUCAAGCAGUUUAAGAAAGUCAUGAAGAAGACUGUUAUUAAUACUGCUCCGGAAAGUGCACCACUCGGAUUAAAAAUACAUGUUGCCGAAAUUUAUACUGAAGAAUUAGCAAAAGUUGGUGCUGAUGAGCUGUCACCAGAAACCGUGAAAACAUUCCUUGUUCCUUUUUGCAAUAUUCUCUGCAAUUCAGAGGAACCUUCUUUAGUUAAAACAAUUGCAAAGGAGGUGUUCAUUUAUUUUAUUAAUCAAGAUGCUGAGACAGAUGAAUUCGAAGAAUUUCCCAUUCUUAAAUUUGAUGUGGAUGUGAUUCAAAAUUUAUUGAUGAAAUAUGCGAAUAAACCAGAUCUGAAAAGAAAAAACAUGAAAGUUAUUUAUGAUGUUGUGAAGCAGUUUGAAGACUAUAAAAAUGGUAUUUCACAAGAGGAUCGAUUGUUUGCUGACCAGGGUCCAGCUCGCAAAUUAAGAAAACGUGCAAUAGAGAAAGCUGCUUUGGCUCUUGUUGAGGAAGAGAUGGCCGAGAAGGCAGAAAAGUCUGUGAAGAAAAGAAAAAAAAUUCAAAAUGUUAUUGAUUUGUAAAGUGUGUUGCUUGGGUUUUGAAUGUAAAUAUAUUUACCUUGUUUGUAUAUAUUUAUUUUUAAGAUCUUACUGUUAUGUUUGUGUAAAUCAUCCUCAUUAAACCUUCAUUAAAAUUUU